AGCAGGCCGCUGCCACUGCUGCCGCAUGUACAUAACACACGUGGGUGCCGCUGCUGUGCGCUGUCCUGUGCGGGGAGGCCGAGUGUCAUGGGUGUGUUACUGCCUCACGCCUGCCCUGCACGUGCCGCCGCUCUGUGUGGGUGUGAACGCCGCCUCGUGUCUGUCUCAGACCUCAUGGACUCGUUCCGUCUUGUGCUGCCACCAGCCUGUACCACGACUCAGCCAGCCGUGCAGCCAGCCCAGGCUCUUCAGCAGCCUCGGUGAGCUGAGCUCCAUCUCAGCGCAGCGCAGCCCUGGGGGCCCGGGCGGCGGGGCCUCCUACCCGGUGCGGCCCGGCGGCCGCUACCCAGUGGCGCGGCGCGCCCCGAGCCCAGUGAAGCCCGCGUCGCUGGAGCGGGUGGAGGGGCUGGGGGCGGGCGCGGGGGGCGCGGGGCGGCCCUUCGGCCUCACGCCCCCCACCAUCCUCAAGUCGUCCAGCCUCUCCAUCCCGCACGAGCCGAAGGAGGUGCGCUUUGUGGUGCGCAGCGUGAGCGCGCGCAGCCGCUCGCCCUCGCCUUCGCCGCUGCCCUCGCCAGCGCCUGGCCCCGGCCCCGGGGCCCCCAGCCCGCGCCGGCCCUUCCAGCAAAAGCCCCUGCAACUCUGGAGCAAGUUCGACGUGGGCGACUGGCUGGAGAGCAUCCACUUGGGCGAGCACCGCGACCGCUUCGAGGACCACGAGAUCGAGGGCGCGCACCUGCCGGCGCUCACCAAGGACGACUUCGUGGAGCUGGGCGUCACGCGCGUGGGCCACCGCAUGAACAUCGAGCGCGCGCUCAGGCAGCUGGACGGCAGCUGACGCCCCCCCCCACCCCCCCCACGCCCCGGCCGCGCCCUGCCGGCAGGGCCCCCCACCUCCGCCCCCGGGCCGCGGGCUCGGCCCGCCCCCUAGCCCCCACCCCAACGGCGCCCGGGCCAGGAAUGUUGCAUGAAUCGUCCUGUUUGCUGUUGCUCGGAGACUUGCCCUGUACAUUGCUUGGUGCCCUCGCAGGUCGUCGAGCCCCACCCAGCACACGGGUCAGUUCUGCUUCACCCCUCCUUUUGUAUGGAGUUCCAGCUGGGGGGUUUCACCCCCCGCUCCGGU